AUGAGACCCCAUUCAGCUUCACUGUCAGAUGAGAAAUUAAUAAGAGACAGAGGAGCACCCAAGCAGGCCUGGAGCAGUCCAUUUUUGGAACAGCAAAUGACAAAGAAGCCUAUUUCAUUAGUAUAACCUGUGCACCUGGAGGCUACAGGCAGACAGAUCAGUAGACAUGGCAAGCCCAGAAAUCCAGUUGGAGGAGGCCCAGUUGCCAUGGCACCGGAGAUGCUCCCCAAGCAUCCUCAUCCCAGGGAGGGGGUGCGGGAAAAGGGGCUCAGGGCAGAUGCCUCCCUCCAUGGCAAUCUGGCAGGAGCGCCCCUUCCUCACUUUGCCGGGGCUCCCACCCAUCUCCCCUGAAAGAGGUUAAUCAAGGCUUUGUCUCCCCUCUCCCGCCCACCCUAGCGUUUCCAUACGGCGUGUUCACAGGCCCCUCCUAGGCCGGGGGUGAAUGCUCACUUACACUGA